GAGUAAACAGGGGGGGGUGUUCAAAUCUGUCUGCAUGCAUACGUGGCUGCAUGUGUGACAUUGGGUCACACAAACAAACAAUCAGAGGUUUCUGUCAGAGCCGAAGGUGACAGUGAGUCAUGGCAGUCUUCAACCACUUGUUGCUCUUUUCCUGCUUGGUGCCGCUGGCUCUGAGCUCCCCUUUCUUCCCUCCAACGUGCUACUCUAAGGUGCUGAGCAUGGCACGGGAGAUCACCCAGUGGGCUGCACACCUGAAGAGGGACUAUGAAACUGGUUACUGCAUGGACCACAUGCCGGAUCUCUACCUUGAUGUCCAUAAUGCGUGUGUGAUGUACAAAAUGAGGACCUACAUGUCCCUGAUAGAGGAACUGCGACAGCGGCGCUGCGCCUACACCAGAGACGUGAGGAAGCUGGGGUCCACUCUGAGGCAGCUCUUCAUCUUCAUGUCGGAGAAAUGUCACGGGGAAUUGGUGUUCACCAGCUAUGACUGUGCAGCAUUGGAGCGCUAACAUCUAUAAGGCCAAUGUUACAGCCUGCUCAGAGAGACCCUUACAGUCCCUCUAUGUACAUCCUUUAAACAUCUGCAAUAAUUGGGGCAAUGGUAGCCUAGCGGUUAGUGUGCGUGCCCCAUGUACGGGGGCAUCGUCCUGCA